AUGAGUGAUGAGCUUAACUCCAGCGAGAGUGAAGUUGAAUACAUCAUGGCUAGCAGAAAGCAGCGUUCAAAUGCUGGUAAUAGGAUGAAACAUUUGCUAGAGCAAGAGUUAGAGGGUAUGCGCUUGAAAACUAAUGACAUGGAUGAAGAUGAAAUUGAUUUAUUAUUUGCUGAAGACGAUGAAGACGACGAAUUUGAAUAUAACUCUAAUGAGGAAGAAGGGGAAGAAGAAGAAGGUAGAGAAAAUGAUGAGAAACCUGUAAAGAAAGGAGAAUCUUUUCAGCACCAGGAAGUAAAAGCUAUUGAGAAAGAAGAAACUAUUGGUGACAAUGAAGAAAAUGUUGAUGAUGAUUUAAUGCUUACUGAAUCAGAUGAGGAAAACUCCGACAAUGAUGAUGAUAACUCAGGAGAGGAAGCUUUACAAAAGCAAGAGAGACUAAGGUUGAAGUUAAAAAGGAAACGUGCUAAGAGGGUUCCUAUAAUACGGAAAAGAGUAGAUGAAGCGAGAUUGAACAACCUUCAAGAUAAAGAAGAAGAUACCAAGAGGAAAAGAAGAAAGAAAUAUGCCAGCCACCUUAAUGCUGAGAGUUUGUUACAAGCUGAGAGACGUACCUCUAAAAGAUCAUCCGUGAUAGAAAACAAAAUGAAAGUAUAUGAAAAAUUAUCGAAAGCUGAAGAGAAACGUAAAUUCAUUCAAGGAAGAAUGCAGGAAAAUCGUGAAAAAACUCAAGAACUUAUUUUGACUCAAGCUGAUAGAUUGAAGAUGGCAGAAGAAACUGAAGAAUUGAAUCUAAAAAGUUUAAAUAAAUAUAAGGAGCAAGAAGUACAUAAAAAACAAUCAAGGUUAGCCCUGCAGCAACGUCAAAAACAAAAAUUUAAAAAUGGUGAAAUAGUUAUUCAAAUCUUGUCUCAAUUUACACAUGUAUCUCCAAUUAUGGAAGUGGAGGACAAAAAAUAUUGGGAUGAAGAGGUCAGCAAAAGAGAGAAAAAAGAGCGAAAAACAAAGAGAAAAUAUACACGAAGGAAAGGAAAACAAGAUGCACUUAUAUCCCAUGACAGUUCAGAAAAUAUAAAGUCCAAUGCGCUAGAAAAUAUACAAGAAAAAUCUGUUAUGGAUGAAGAAACCCCAACUGAAAUAAAAGGAAUAGAUGGAAUGAAUGUUAUGCAAAGGGACAAUGAACAAUCAGAUAAAAUGAUACACGAAAAUUCAACUUCCAAAACAGAUAUUGCACUUGAGGGCCAGAAUAAUGAUGAAAAUGCCACUUUCAUCACAGUCGGUUCUGCCACAGUUAUAACUGAGGAGUUUAAAACUGAUGGUGAUACUCAAAUAGUAUCUAAUAAUGCAUCGAAUUUUGAAGACUCAGGAAAACUUGAAAACAUUACUAAUGAAAAAACCAAUCUAAUGUCAAAUGAUAAUAGAAUCUCAGAUCAAGAUACUGUGGUGGAAAAAAUUAAAAAGGACAAAUUGCUAGAAGAAAAUUUGAAUGCAAUUGAUAUCGAUACUUUAAAAGAAGAUGACGGAUCAAGCAUUAAAUCAAAUAAUCAACCAAGUACUGCUGGUGAGAGUUGUAAUGUAGAUGAUGAGAAGCUAGAAACCUAUGAACAGGUGGAUAGGCACGAACAGGAUGCAAAUGAUGCUGCCAAUGACAUAAACGGAGAUAAAAAAACCGAUCAAGUAGAAUUAAUUAAUUCAGAGGUUACGGAAUCGUCAUUAGAUACACUUGCUCAUGAAACUAAAGAUAUUUCUGCUUCAACUGAGAUAGAAAGUCUAAUAGUUUAUGAGGGACCAUCACAGCUGGUAAGUAAAAAUUUGGUAACCGUGUAUAUAUUUCCGGAUGAACAACCAAAAGCACAACUAGAGAGUUUACUUUUUAACAGUAAUCGAAACACCAGAUCGCUUCAAAAUUCUGAUGAAAUGGAGCAAAUCUGCAGAAUUACAAAUCCUAAGGAAGUAAAUGACAGUGCCUUAUUUUCUUCUAUUAUACCUGAUUUAUCUUUUCUGAGCUCAUACCCUUCUUUUGGAGAAUAUGAUAAAAAGAUAGUGCUGGAUACAAAUACUGAAUCAAACAAUGAUAAAGAAAUUGAAAUUAACACCUUACCUCCCUCCGGUGUUCUUCUUUCAAAUGGUGUCAGGAAGAAGUGCCCUAUCUCUAAUAAAGGAUGCAAAUAUUUUGAUCCAAAGAAUGGUGUACCAUAUUCUGAUGUGGAUUCUUAUAAAAUUAUUCAAGAACUACAAGAUCCAAUUGGUCCUAAAGGAACCGAAGAAACACCUCGUCCACGGUUUUAUUGGUAUGGCUUUGGGAAUGGUGGUAUAUAUUUAGAUAUGAAUCAAAGACAUGCAAAUGGCGUACCUGAUGGAUUUAACUAA